UGAAGGAGAGGCGGGUGCUGCGCGGCGGCGGGACGGGCGCCGCUCGCGGCUCCCCGCGCGGGGCUGUCCCCGCGCCCGGCUCCGCUGGCUGCGGGACGGCCGCCAGUCCAGGAGGCUCAUCCUGCUCAUCGUGUUCAUCGCGCUGCUCUUGGACAACAUGCUGCUCACCGUGGUCGUGCCGAUAAUUCCCAGUUACCUUUACAGCCUCAAACAUGAGAAAAAUGCAACUGAAAUCCAGACUGCUAAGCCUAACGUAGUUCCAACAACAGUGGACAAUUUUCGGAGUAUCUUUUCCUAUUACGACAACUCAUCGAUGUUUACUGGAAAUGAAUCUGAUAAGAUCAGGCCAGCAGAGCAUACCCAGACAGAGCAAAUGAUAGUGAACGUGACAACUUCACCGUCCGAUUGUCCGAAGGAAGAUAAGGACCUGCUGAAUGAAAAUGUGCAAGUUGGGCUGCUGUUUGCCUCAAAAGCAACAGUUCAGCUCAUCACUAACCCUUUCAUAGGGCCACUGACAAACAGAAUAGGCUACCAGAUUCCACUGUUUGCUGGCUUCUGCAUCAUGUUUGUGUCGACAAUCAUGUUUGCUUUCUCAGGCAGCUACACAUUACUGUUUAUUGCAAGGUCCCUUCAAGGAGUGGGUUCCUCUUGUUCUUCAGUGGCAG